AUGAAACGGGGUGUGUUAUCACAAGUUAUUGUUUUCACUAACUUGUUACUGCUGCAUGCAACUGGACAACCACAGCAAGAAUCGGCAUUAAGGAAAUUUUAUAAUGAGUAUAAAGUAUAUAAGACAAAGAUAGACAAUAUUUAUGACCAUUUUUGUGAAGAAGAAUGCAUGAAUGAAUGGGGAUACAUUGACUUUCAAAACAAAGUUGAUCCAUUGCUGAACAUUAUGAAGAGACGGUGUAGAUCAACAGCUGAGAUCCAAAACAUCGACUUCACAGAAGAUUUAUCUGUCGUUAAAGCACAUUUUGAAGAAUUAUUAAAAACAGGUGUUUUGUUUAAAGAAAUUCUCACACAUGAUCCAAAAAAUGAUCCUUCCUUAGCAAACUUUAGCAAAGAUGCAAAAGACAGAUUGAACGUUUGCAAUCUAAUUCUUGCUCUAGCUAAUCGUUUCUGCGAUGCAGAUAAUAUUGAUAAAUUCUUUACUCUUCUUCAUGAUGCUAUCAUUAGCGAUUUCAAAAGCCUAGGUGUUGGUGGAGAAACGUUUAAUGACAUAAAAAAGAACAUUGACCAACUUUUUACAGAUAUGAAAGCAGCAUGUGAGCAAGUACAAAAAUAUAUUGGAAUGGGGAAUAAAAAAAGAUUGGAGAACAUUAAAUUUAUUACAGAUGUUCCCCAAGUAGUUGGGGAGAGGCAAUAUACUCAUCGUUGGUUAGUUUAG